AUUUGCUGCUCCCCUCCCCAAAUUACUCUUAAUUUCCAGCUUCUCAGAAGAUGGGAACAACCUUUAUUCACUUGCUGUUCUUAUUCUUCACUAGAACGUGGUAUCUCAGGACCAAAAAUUAUUCUAUCUGCUACUGCUUCGAGAAGAACUAGCGGCUUGGUUGUUGCAGAAGCUGGAAAUCUGAAUAGAAGGUCAGUUGUAAUUUCCGGCGUUUCAUUGGCUUUGGCAUUUCCAGGCGAAGGAAUUGCUGCUGUCAAACAAGGCCUUCUUGCUGGUAGAAUUCCUGGUUUGUCUGAACCUGAUGAACAAGGUUGGAGGACUUACCGCAGACCAGAUGAGAAAUCUGGAGGGCAUGGUGUCGGAUGGAGUCCAAUCAUCCCUUAUAGCUUUUCAGUGCCUCAACAAUGGGAGGAGGUGCCUGUAUCAAUUGCUGAUCUAGGUGGUACAGAGAUUGAUUUAAGAUUUGCUAGUCCAAAUCAAGGGCGAUUGUUCGUCAUUGUUGCUCCUGUUCUCCGAUUUGCAGAUGAUCUUGGUGGAGAUGCUACUAUUGAAAAGAUUGGACCGCCAGAGAAGGUAAUUAAUGCAUUUGGACCUGAAGUCAUAGGUGAAAAUGUAGAAGGCAAGGUGUUGAGUGUUAAUGUAGCAGAGCACUCUGGCAGGACAUACUAUCAGUAUGAGUUGGAGCCGCCUCAUGUACUGAUUACUGCAACUGCAGCCGGAAAUCGCCUUUAUUUGUUUGCAGUGACUGGAAGUGGUCUUCAAUGGAAAAGACAUUAUAAGGACUUGAAGAGGAUAGCUGAGUCAUUUCGUGUUGUCUAAUUGAGAUCUUUGGCAGAGUGAGGAAGAAAGAAAAAGCAUGUUAGUUUCAUUUUUGCCAUAAUACAAGUUUGCAGCACCUACACCUAAGAAAAAGGUAGUGCCUUUAUGGCACAAUUGGCUUCAAUUCAACCACAUCAUUUGUUCAAAUAUUAUUUUCAAGAGCCCCCUGGAAACUUUAAGAAAAAGUGUAAUAUUUAAUUUUGCAGCACAAAAAAUUAUUUCAACCCUGACGUGGUUAAAAUUUUCAGUAUCUCUCA